UUCCAGAACAUGGACAGAAUCGAGAAAGGGCCUAAAGAGAUAUUCGCACCUGAAAUACAGAAAGACCUGCUGCUUCUAGAAGAACAAGAGGGCUCAGUAAAUUUUAAAUUUGGAGUUAUCUACGCUAAAGUUGGACAGAUGUCGGACGACGAAAUGUUUAGUAAUGAAGGAGGAUGCUGGGAAUUUGAUCAGUUUGUAUCCUUAUUAGGAAAUCGGAUUAAAUUAAAAGGAUGGGACAAAUACCGAGGCGGACUUGACGUUAAAGGGGAUAUGACUGGAAAAUACUCGGUGCACACUGUAUAUGAAGGGCACGAGAUAAUGUUUCAUGUGUCGACACUUCUCCCUUAUUCUAAGGACAAUCGCCAGCAGGUCGAGAGGAAAAGACACGUGGGAAAUGACAUUGUCAAUAUCAUAUUUUUGGAUGGAACUCAUGAAGAUCACUGUAGUUUCAAACCGUCAAUGAUUAAAUCCCAGUUUACUCAUAUUUUUGCAUUGGUGACGUACCAGAAGGAUGACUACUCCUACCGCUUAUCUGUUUACUCCGACGAAUUUGUCCCCUUAUUCGGCCCAACCUUACCUUGUCCACCAGUGUUUUACAACACAGCAGAAUUCCGAGAGUUUCUCCUAGUAAAGUUGAUGAAUGGUGAAAAGGCAGCUUUUAACACUCCAACAUUUGCUCAGAAACGAGAAAGAACACUUGAAAUGCUUAUAAAAGACAUGUACGCUGACCACUUAGUGGACACGCGUGGUCAAACAAUGCUCAAUCGACGUGCAUUUAGUGACGUACUUCCGGAAACACCUCGUGGCUCACGUGGGAAGGAAAAGGCACGUCAGGUCGAAUUUGUCAGAUUUGGACAGGUAUUAAGGCUGGACACUAUCGUCAAGGGUGAUGCUCCUACUAGUCUCGUAACAACGGGUCUUUUUAAACGAGAGCCUUGGGAGCCUCAUUGUUUUUAUCCGGAUUUUCCGCAUGACGUCAUUUGUGGAGAUUCAUGGGGAGAAAACAAAUUAAUUAUAGCUACCGAAGGAGGUGUCUUCUUAAUCGAAGAGGGCGCAACCCAUCGAAUGAUAUUUGACCGAUCAGUGCAAGCUAAACAACUGAGCGUUGUGGAAGCACAUGCAAUCCUCCUGCUUAGAGUAGAUAAAGGACGUGACAGUAAGAUCCAUGUAUUCAGACUUUCGGACUUUCUAAGAGAACAAAACGACCAAAAUAUCCUAGGAAAACUGGACAUCAAGGAACACAAGCUGGAGAGAACAAGAGGUUGUCAUCUCUAUGCUCUGAGUAGACCGGGUGGAAGUCACCUCCGGGUAGUAGUAGCGGUCAAUAAGAAGUUACUGGUUAUGCAGUGGCGCCACUCUGCGGCGUGGACAGCCUGGUGCGUGUCUGCUGACACUGAUACAGUGGAAGGGUUUCAAUUCAUUCGAGAGCUUUCCGUGGCAGAAUCCCCUCAGCUACUCACCCUAGUGGACAGCUCACUCGCUGGAGGGGACAACCAGAUUUGUGUUGGAUAUCGACAUCAGUUUGAUCUGAUUAACGAAAAGAACGGAGAGUUGCUCCACUUGCUUCACGUCGAGAGUAAUAAAGUCCACCUGGUGACGGCUAUAGACAUCUACGAAGAUGACGAAGCGGAACUAUUGCUAUGUUAUAAUCAUACGACACAUUUUCAAAAACUAGCAGGUGACCGCUCAACAGACUUUGAUUUUCAGUGGAACUCUGUCCCCGAGUCCAUAGUCUGUGCCUUCCCUUAUAUCAUAGCAUUUACCCAAGACACGAUUGAGAUCCGACUCGUUAUUAACGGAAACCUUGUGCACAGUAUGACUAUGCCCAAAGUAACCAUGAUAACAGCAAAAAGCGACAUCUAUUUCUCGAGUACAGCACCAGAAUUUUUCCAAGUAAAACGAGAAAGAGUAAAAGUUGACAAAAUGGAAAGAGACCCUAGCAUUUCUCCACCGUCGUCGCCACAUUCAACGAGCAGCACCAGUUCUUCGGAUGGAGCAAAACCGUUACGGAUCUACCGCAUGUCCUUCACUUCUCUGACUGGUGGCUCCCCCUGUGAGAGGCGGGUACCAACCCCUUCUCUCCCGUCCCCACAGCCUCUACUCAACCCCACGACGUUCAGUAGCAAGUUCCUCUCCCCAGACGUUCACGACAAUCGUCUAAGACCAGAUCCUCGGCCAAGCAGAAGUGCAACGUCCUCCCCAGUGCCUCAGUUACCUGUUGUUUUUCACCACCAGAUGUCAGCCAAACUAGAGAUAAACAAAGAGCACACGCUUGCUGCUACUACGGACUCUGGGCUAGUAAGAAUUACUAGUUCUAAAGAUCCCUGCAGUUCUUACAGUUUAGAUUAUGGAGCAGGAAAAAGCGCCAGGUCUUCACCUAAACAUGAUUAUUGCAGCUCGAACUCUGUUCCGGGAAAAAGUGGAGGUUCAAUCCCUUUGUUUAGCUCACAACCUGGAUCUACUCCACCGUACAGCCCCUGCGUACUUUUGGAAACAAGCGACGAUUCUUGAUUCGUCGAACACUCGAGGAAAAGGAAACUGAAACCAAACGUCACUAUUGAUUUUUACACUAGUCAUUUCUAGUAAGCAUUGAUACAUACACAACACAGUUGCUUUAACUUGCAAUCAUCCUCUUAAUCGCAUUACAAAUUCUCCUGUUUUUCACAAGUUAUGAAAAAUAAAACAUAUCAUUCUUAUGAGAUAUUUAGUAUUAAGAAAAAUAUAUUGCAUCAUGGGUGUUUGUGCGACUAUUUAUAACUUUAUUAUGUGUACAGUAACUAAGUCUAGUAGAACAAAAUCGUUGAAGAUAUUCUACCAUCCUGGCAGAUGUUUCUACUUCAACACAUAUUGACGGGUGUUACUAUUUCAACACAUAUUGACAGGUGUUACUAUUUCAACACAUAUUGACUGAUGUUAAUACUUCAACACAUAUUGACAGAUGUUUCUACUUAAACACAUAUUGACAGGUGUUACUAUUUCAACGCAUAUUAACAGAUGUUAAUACUUCAACACAUAUUAACAGAUGUUACUAUUUCAACACAUAUUGACAGGUGUUACUAUUUCAACACAUAUUGACUGAUGUUAAUACUUCAACGCAUAUUAACAGAUGUUUAUACUUCAACACAUAUUGACAGAUGUUAAUACUUCAACACAUAUUGACAGAUGUUUAUAUUUCAACACAUAUUGAGAGAUGUUAAUACUUCAACGCAUAUUAACAGAUGUUAAUACUUCAACACAUAUUGACAGAUGUUUCUACUUCAACACAUAUUGACAGAUGUUAAUACUUCAACACAUAUUGACAGAUGUUUGUAUUUCAACACAUAUUGAGAGAUGUUAAUACUUCAACGCAUAUUAACAGAUGUUAAUACUUCAACACAUAUUGACAGAUGUUUCUACUUCAACACAUAUUGACAGGUGUUACUAUUUCAACACAUAUUAACAGAUGUUAAUACUUCAACACAUAUUGACAGAGGUUUGUAUUUCAACACAUAUUGAGAGAUGUUAAUACUUCAACACAUAUUAACAGAUGUUAAUACUUCAACACAUAUCAACAGAUGUUAAUACUUCAACACAUAUUAACAGAUGUUAAUACUUUAACACAUAUUAACAUAUGUUAAUACUUCAACACAUAUUGACAGAUGUUGUUACUUAUAUUCUCUAUGCUGACCUUAGAAGAUUUAAAAGUCUAUAUUCAUUUCUGAAUCCAUGUUUAAUCGAAAUCUCUAAGAUUUUGACAUGAAGUUUUGAUAAAUCUAACAGCAAAGAAAUUGUUCUAAAAACUCAAAUUCCAGUAUUUGUAUUUUGUUAAACUUUGUAAUGGUAUGAGCCUGUUAUUUAACUACGUACACUAAUAGACAAUGCAAUUUUGUUCAAGUAAGUAACAGCUCUGAACUAUAAGCAGUACGUUAUCUGUCUGUGAGCACGAGAUCAAAUGGUAAUCAAUUGAAAGAUUGAAAUAUAACAUUGGAAUAAUGUGUUAUAGUCCAAAAUACUUGUCAAAACAUGGCCAUUAACUCAAACUGGUCAUCUUCUCGAAAAUGUCACGACUUCUGUUUUUCACUUUUACGAAUAAAAUGAAAAAGAAAUAUAUAUAACAUCUAAAUCGUAAGCAUUGACCAUCAUGAGCACGUGAUCCUGGCACGUCCAUUGCAUUAGUUACUUUAUUUGUGUUUUGUGUAUUUUCCAUUCAUAUUUAUUUCCGGUUUUUAACCUCAAAUGUAAGUGAAAGUAACACGUGAACUACGAAAUAUCAAAAACCUUUUUUUUUUAAGCACAUUGUAAUUAGAUUUAAGAAUUUUUGACCACCCAACAAGUGCACCUUAUUUUUAAUAAAUGUUGAUCAUGUGCAAGUUAUUCAUGUGAAAACUCUUUAACUAUUUCAUCCACAGCAUGAAACAUUUAUAAAAUUGAAAAAAAAAAGAGUAGCCUUUAACUUUCGAUACAUUUUUUUACACUAAGUUGCCAAAAUAUAAACAACCAAGAGCGCAUGCUCAAUGUGGAAGAACUAAAUUACUGAAAUAGAAUACAUAUCAGAUUUUAGAUUGUGUAUUAUUAUUGAAAAACAUUGGUGGGUUAUUUGUGUUCAAGACAAUAACUAUAAUGUAAUUU